AUGCACCUCCAUGGGCGGCUCGGCUGCGAGCACGCGUACCCCGACGAGCUAAAGGACCUCACGCCGCUCGAGGAGAAGCUCAUCUCGCUCAACUCGUGCUACGGCUUCGUGACGAAGUAUAGCAUCCCCGGCGGCCAGAGGCAGAGCGUGAGGUACCCGAGGCACGUCAAGGGCCAUAUCACGGUGUUCCCGAACGACGUGCAGGGCCUGGCUGCCAAGGUGCUCCCGCACCCGCUGGUCCGGGUCAUGGACGAGAUCCACGUCUCGUGGCAGGGCGCUGAGAGGCCCGGGCCGCGGGACCUAUCAGGCCUGCUGUCGGAGAACAACCCGCUCUACGGCGAGGUCGAGAUCGACGCGGCGGAGAUAGCCAGCUGGGGCGCCGCCGCACGGGGUGCCGCCGGUGGUACGGCGCAGGUGGUGCCGCCGUCGGAGCGGGCCAUGGACGACGGAGGCGCGGCCGAGAUCGAGGAGGUCCUCGCGAUGCUAAGGCAGGGCCAGGACCCCGCCGAGGGGAGCCGCGACGUCGGGCUCACGUGCGAGGACGACGACAGGGACGGCGCUAGGCCCGAAGAGGACGGGGAUGUAAUCAAUGAGGUAACGUCUUCCGGCAUGUUCCCGUUAGAUGGGGCGCCAGAUGUGGCCGACGCCGAGAAGAUUCGCUUCGCCCGCGACGCGGUCGGGCCCGAGGGAGCGCGCGCCAGCCCGAGGACGUGGGUAGGGACGGCGGCCAGAGGGGCGGCGGGCGACGGCGGCGACGGCGAGCCGUACAUACAGGUGCGACGCGGCGAGGAUUUCGCCGACUCGGCGGACGCCUCCUUCUUUGCAAAGGCCUUUCCGACCCUGUUCCCAUUUGGCUUAGGCGGGCCGAGGCUCGCCGACGAGGACGCCGCGGGAGAGCGCGGGCCUAGCGUCGGGAACCAGGGCGCCCAGGCGGAGCGGGUUGCAGAGGGCCUUAUGUCGACGCGGAACAUGAAGCUCCAGGCAUGGGCCGACGUCGUGCUGCGGCGUCACGGCGGCCGGUUCGCGACGCACCCUAUCUUCGCCUUCCUUGUCUUUAACAUGGGCGUGCGGUCUAAGAACCGCCAGGCCAGCAUGCUAGGCGCUCGAGGCGGCGAGGCCGAGCUCGAGGCCACAGCCAAUGUCGAGGAGAGCCGCCUUAUAAAGUUACGGCUAGCGGCGCACCGCGGCCGCGACCCCGACGAGGCCGAGGCCUUCCUAAGUGACCUAGGGACCGCGUAUAAGCGGACGCGGCUGGCCAUAUCGGACCCGAUGAGCUCGGCCGUCUUCUUCCACCGGGAGAUGACGCUCUUCUUCGAGCACUACGUCAACGUCGGGGAGGAGUCGGUGUUCGGCCACGUCGGCGCAUACUACGGGGCGGUAGAGACCAACGAGCGAGGCGCCCUCCACAUCCACGGGCUCCUCUGGCUAAGGGGCAACGCGGGCAUUGGCGACGCGCUCGCCGGCCCGGACGCGGAGGAGCAGGCGGCGUACCGGGAGCGCAUCGUCCGCUACGUAGAUAGCGUCUUCUCUGAGGAGCUAGACGCAGAAGGUUACUGUGCCAUGCAGGCAGAGCGGUCGGCCACGGCGGACAUAUCGUCGCGGCUCGACGACGUCGCGCGCUUCACGGACACCUUCGACGAGGAGGCCAACUUCUGCGCGGGCGCGACGCAGAUCCAUACGCAUAGCGCGACCUGCGUAAAAUACUCGCGCCGUGGAGGUUGGUGGAGGACGGCGCUGACGGCGGACGGGGUGCUCGAGAUCCGGCGGACGCAUAGCAUGGUGAACCGGUGGAACAGGGCGAUGGCAGUGGGGCUACGACACAACCACGACAUCUCGUUCAUCGCGACGCAGCGCAAGACCAUGGCCCUAAUCUACUAUAUUACUAACUAUGCGACGAAGGUAGAGGACCCGGUGUGGAAGCGUGUGGCCGCCGCGGCCGAGUUCCUUCCUGUGCUAGAGCCGACGGGAGAGGGCAACAGAAGUGGCGCCGACCGCGACGGGAAUAAGACGAGAACGUUCCUGCUUAAGGCGGCGAAUCGAGUCUUUACGGAGCGGCCGCUGUCGCAGGUCGAGGUGAUCGCGCACCUCCUAGGGUACCCGGCGGAGUUUAGCAGCGGCUCAGCGUGGGCGUAUAUAAACGCAAACCAGCUCUACUGGGCCGUCUUCCGCCGGUGGCGGCACCUCCGACGGGCGAGCGGCGCCGAGGCGACGGGCGACGCGCCGGACGAGACGGCGCUUAGGCGGCCGGGUUGCGGGGCGACUGUAUGCGUCGACGGAUACCUCAGCAAGGAGUUCAGCGAGGAAGACGACGAGUCGUGCCACCGGAGGGCGGCGGUGCAGCACCUGGCCCUAUUCGUGCCGUGGGAGUCCUUCCUCGGCGAGGAGGCAGGCGACAUUAACAACAUCUGGGCACGGGCGCGGGAGUCGCUGGCGCCGAGGGUCGCGCGGCUCGCAGACAACGUGCAGCUCCUCCGGCGGUCGGCGGAGGACGCGAAGCGCGACGCCAAGCAGUGGGCCGCCACGGCCGAGGAGGGCGGUAUGACGGCGCCGCAGGCCGACGACGAAGGCAGGGGGGCGGCCGAAGGGGGCGAGGAGGCAUACCGCGCCGGCGGGGCGGGCGACGCGGCCCGGCUCAUCGACGUCCAGCUCUGCCGGUUCCAGCAGUCGGCGCUCGGGUCGGCGGCCGAGCUCGCGGCGACGGUGGUGGCGGACGAGAGGGCAGUCGCAGCAGAGGAGCGCGGCGCGGGGCGGGAGCGGGCGAUCCAGGGCAUCCAGGGCGGCGGGGCGGCGGCGGGCGUCGGGGCCGACCGCGGCGCGGCCCUUCGCGGGGUGAUGGGGGGCUUCGGCGAGGACGACAUCGACGUAACGGCGGCCGACGGCGACGCAGACGCAGGCACGGCGGCGGGGAUGCGCGAGCUGGCGGGCCAGCUCACGCUCAACGAGAAGCAGGCCAUCGCCCUCCUAAUCGUGUGCCGGCAACUCGACCGAAUCCGGCAGGGCGACGACGCAGGCGGCGACGGUGGUGGCCAGCUCUGCCUAUUCAUCGGCGGCGAGGGCGGCACCGGCAAGUCGCGCGUCAUCGAGGCGCUCGUCGAGCUGCUCGCCCGGAGGGACCUAUCGAGCCGGGUACUGGUUACGGCGACGUCGGGGACGGCGGCAGCGCGGAUCAACGGCAUCACGCUGCACUCGGCCUGCGGCCUUACGGGCGAGCGCUUCGUCGACGGCCGGUCGCGGAUGGACUGGCAGGAGAAGGAGGUGCUGGUGAUCGACGAGGUCAGCAUGCUCGGGGCGCGGACGCUGCACGCCGCCAACGAGCAGCUCUGCCGGCUGCGGGGGUCGGCGCGGGACUUCGGCGGCAUCCCGGUAGUGAUCCUCUGCGGCGACUUCCACCAGUUCCGGCCGGUGCAGGAACGGUCGAUCCUGCUGCCGAGCGCGGCGGUGGCGUGGGACGAGGACGGGGCGUUCGCGGCCGAGCAGCGGCGGCAGCACGACAAGGCGCACGCGCUGUGGCGGCGCUUCACGACGGUCGUCAUGCUAGACGAGCAGAUGCGGGCCGCCGGCGACCCGGAGCUGCGGCGGCUGCUCGGGCGGAUCCGCCGGGGCGAGCAGGACCGGUCGGACCUAGAGCUGCUCAACUCGAGAUGCUACCGGCCGGGCAGGCGGAUCCCGUGGGAGACGGGCCUGACGGUGGUGACGCCGCUCAACCGGAACCGCUGGAACCUCAACCUAGAGGCGGCGCUCGCGUUCCGGGAGAGGCGGCGGACGGCGGCGCGCGUCUUCCUCUCCGAGCAUAAGUGGAGGGACGGCGUGCCGACGGAAGAGGAGGCGGUGCUAAUGCUAGGCCAGGGCGACGACAGCGCGACCCCGGUGCCGGCCGUCUUCCUCUUCGUGCCAGGCAUGCCGGUCGUCGUGAACCAGAACACGCACCAGGGGCUGAAGCUUGUGAACGGGGCCGGCGUCAAGAUCACAGCGCAGCGGAAGCGGCCAUGGCAGCGCAACGACGUCAGCCGGAGGGGCCUGCCGUGCGCCGCGGCCUUCGCCUGCACCGACUAUAAGGUGCAGGGCGGGACGCUAGAGCGCGUGGCGCUGGAGCUGCGGGGGGCGAGGAUGACGACGGUCGAGGGGAGGGCGGUGCCGUCGUCGUGCGACCCGUAUAGCCUAUACGUGCAGCUGUCGCGGUGCCCGACGCUCGACGGCAUCAUGCUCGUAUCAGAGGUGCGGGAGCGGGACCUAGUGGGGAACCGGGUGCCUGAGGAGAUGACGGCAGCGCAGGCCCGGCUAGAGGAGCUUAGCAGGCAGACAACACAGGAGGCGGCCGACUGGCUCCGCAGGUAA